AUGUCGUCAAGCCUUCAGGUGCCAGCACUUCUGGUGGGACUUCCUCCACUACCCGUCUCUCAGCACCGUCUCUCAGACCCGUCUCUCAGCACCUUCUCUCAGCACCGUCUCUCAGCACCGUCUCUCAGACCCGUCUCUCAGACCCGUCUCUCAGCACCGUCUCUCAGACCCGUCUCUCAGCACCUUCUCUCAGCACCUUCUCUCAGCACCGUCUCUCAGCACCGUCUCUCAGCACCGUCUCUCAGCACCGUCUCUCAGACCCGUCACUCAGACCCGUCACUCAGACCCGUCUCUCAGACCCGUCUCUCAGACCCGUCUCUCAGACCCGUCUCUCAGCACCGUCUCUCAGACCCGUCUCUCAGACCCGUCUCUCAGACCCGUCACUCAGACCCGUCACUCAGACCCGUCACUCCGACCCGUCACUCAGACCCGUCACUCAGACCCGUCUCUCAGACCCGUCUCUCAGACCCGUCUCUCAGACCCGUCUCUCAGACCCGUCUCUCAGACCCGUCACUCAGACCCGUCACUCAGACCCGUCACUCAGACCCGUCUCUCAGACCCGUCUCUCAGACCCGUCUCUCAGACCCGUCUCUCAGCACCGUCUCUCAGACCCGUCUCUCAGACCCGUCACUCAGACCCGUCACUCAGACCCGUCACUCAGACCCGUCACUCAGACCCGUCUCUCAGACCGGUCACUCAGACCCGUCUCUCAGACCCGUCUCUCAGACCGGUCACUCAGACCCGUCUCUCAGACCGGUCACUCAGACCCGUCUCUCAGACCCGUCACUCAGACCCGUCACUCAGACCGGUCACUCAGACCCGUCACUCAGACCCGUCACUCAGACCCGUCUCUCAGACCGGUCACUCAGACCCGUCUCUCAGACCCGUCACUCAGACCCGUCUCUCAGACCCGUCACUCAGACCCGUCUCUCAGACCCGUCACUCAGACCCGUCUCUCAGACCCGUCACUCCGACCCGUCACUCCGACCCGUCACUCCGACCCGUCACUCCGACCCGUCUCUCAGACCCGUCUCUCAGACCGGUCACUCAGACCCGUCUCUCAGACCGGUCACUCAGACCCGUCUCUCAGACCCGUCACUCAGACCCGUCUCUCAGACCCGUCACUCAGACCGGUCACUCAGACCCGUCACUCAGACCCGUCUCUCAGACCCGUCUCUCAGACCGGUCACUCAGACCCGUCUCUCAGACCCGUCACUCAGACCCGUCACUCAGACCCGUCUCUCAGACCCGUCACUCAGACCCGUCUCUCAGACCCGUCACUCAGACCCGUCUCUCAGACCCGUCACUCCGACCCGUCACUCCGACCCGUCUCUCAGACCCGUCACUCAGACCCGUCUCUCAGACCCGUCACUCCGACCCGUCACUCCGACCCGUCACUCCGACCCGUCUCUCAGACCCGUCUCUCAGACCCGUCUCUCAGACCCGUCUCUCAGCACCUUCUCUCAGCACCGUCUCUCAGCACCGUCUCUCAGCACCGUCUCUCAGACCCGUCUCUCAGACCCGUCUCUCAGACCCGUCUCUCAGACCCGUCUCUCAGACCCGUCUCUCAGACCCGUCUCUCAGCACCGUCUCUCAGACCCGUCUCUCAGACCCGUCACUCAGACCCGUCACUCCGACCCGUCUCUCAGACCCGUCACUCAGACCCGUCUCUCAGACCCGUCACUCCGACCCGUCACUCCGACCCGUCACUCCGACCCGUCUCUCAGACCCGUCUCUCAGACCCGUCUCUCAGACCCGUCUCUCAGACCCGUCUCUCAGACCCGUCUCUCAGACCCGUCUCUCAGCACCGUCUCUCAGACCCGUCUCUCAGACCCGUCACUCAGACCCGUCACUCCGACCCGUCUCUCAGACCCGUCACUCAGACCCGUCUCUCAGACCCGUCACUCCGACCCGUCACUCCGACCCGUCACUCCGACCCGUCACUCCGACCCGUCACUCCGACCCGUGUCUCAGACCCGUCUCUCAGACCCGUCUCUCAGACCCGUCUCUCAGACCCGUCUCUCAGCACCUUCUCUCAGCACCGUCUCUCAGACCCGUCUCUCAGACCCGUCUCUCAGACCCGUCUCUCAGCACCGUCUCUCAGACCCCGUCUCUCAGACCCGUCUCUCAGACCCGUCUCUCAGACCCGUCACUCCGACCCGUCACUCCGACCCGUCACUCCGACCCGUCACUCCGACCCGUCACUCCGACCCGUCACUCCGACCCGUCACUCCGACCCGUCUCUCAGACCCGUCACUCAGACCCGUCACUCAGACCCGUCUCUCAGACCCGUCACUCAGACCCGUCUCUCAGACCCGUCACUCCGACCCGUCACUCCGACCCGUCUCUCAGACCCGUCACUCAGACCCGUCUCUCAGACCCGUCACUCCGACCCGUCACUCCGACCCGUCUCUCAGACCCGUCACUCCGACCCGUCACUCCGACCCGUCACUCCGACCCGUCACUCCGACCCGUCUCUCAGACCCGUCUCUCAGACCCGUCUCUCAGACCCGUCUCUCAGACCCGUCUCUCAGACCCGUCUCUCAGACCCGUCACUCAGACCCGUCACUCCGACCCGUCUCUCAGACCCGUCACUCCGACCCGUCACUCCGACCCGUCUCUCAGACCCGUCACUCCGACCCGUCACUCCGACCCGUCACUCCGACCCGUCACUCCGACCCGUCACUCAGCACCGUCUCUCAGCACCGUCUCUCAGACCCGUCUCUCAGACCCGUCUCUCAGACCCGUCUCUCAGACCCGUCUCUCAGACCCGUCACUCAGACCCGUCACUCAGACCCGUCACUCAGACCCGUCUCUCAGACCGGUCACUCAGACCCGUCUCUCAGACCCGUCACUCAGACCCGUCACUCCGACCCGUCACUCCGACCCGUCUCUCAGACCCGUCUUUCAGACCCGUCUCUCAGACCCGUCUUUCAGACCCGUCUCUCAGACCCGUCACUCCGACCCGUCUCUCAGACCCGUCUCUCAGACCCGUCUUUCAGACCCGUCUCUCAGACCCGUCACUCCGACCCGUCACUCCGACCCGUCUCUCAGACCCGUCUCUCAGACCCGUCUCUCAGACCCGUCUCUCAGACCCGUCACUCCGACCCGUCACUCCGACCCGUCUCUCAGACCCGUCUCUCAGACCCGUCUCUCAGCACCGUCUCUCAGACCCGUCACUCCGACCCGUCACUCCGACCCGUCUCUCAGACCCGUCACUCCGACCCGUCACUCCGACCCGUCACUCAGACCCGUCUCUCAGACCCGUCUCUCAGACCCGUCUCUCAGACCCGUCUCUCAGACCCGUCUCUCAGACCCGUCACUCCGACCCGUCUCUCAGACCCGUCACUCCGACCCGUCACUCCGACCCGUCACUCCGACCCGUCACUCCGACCCGUCUCUCAGACCCGUCACUCAGACCCGUCACUCAGACCCGUCUCUCAGACCCGUCUCUCAGACCCGUCACUCAGACCCGUCUCUCAGACCCGUCACUCAGACCCGUCUCUCAGACCCGUCACUCCGACCCGUCUCUCAGACCCGUCACUCCGACCCGUCACUCCGACCCGUCACUCCGACCCGUCACUCCGACCCGUCUCUCAGACCCGUCUCUCAGACCCGUCUCUCAGACCCGUCUCUCAGACCCGUCUCUCAGACCCGUCUCUCAGACCCGUCUCUCAGACCCGUCUCUCAGACCCGUCUCUCAGACCCGUCACUCAGACCCGUCACUCCGACCCGUCUCUCAGCACCGUCUCUCAGCACCGUCUCUCAGACCCGUCACUCGACCCGUCACCGACCCGUCACUCCGACCCGUCACUCCGACCCGUCACUCCGACCCGUCUCUCAGACCCGUCUCUCAGACCCGUCUCUCAGACCCGUCUCUCAGACCCGUCUCUCAGACCCGUCCUCAGACCCGUCACUCAGACCCGUCUCUCAGACCCGUCACUCCGACCCGUCACUCCGACCCGUCUCUCAGCACCGUCUCUCAGCACCGUCUCUCAGACCCGUCACUCCGACCCGUCACUCCGACCCGUCACUCCGACCCGUCACUCCGACCCGUCACUCAGCACCGUCUCUCAGACCCGUCUCUCAGACCCGUCUCUCAGACCCGUCUCUCAGACCCGUCUCUCAGACCCGUCUCUCAGACCCGUCUCUCAGACCCGUCUCUCAGACCCGUCACUCAGACCCGUCACUCCGACCCGUCACUCCGACCCGUCACUCCGACCCGUCUCUCAGACCCGUCUUUCAGACCCGUCUCUCAGACCCGUCUCUCAGACCCGUCACUCCGACCCGUCUCUCAGACCCGUCUCUCAGACCCGUCUUUCAGACCCGUCUCUCAGACCCGUCACUCCGACCCGUCUCUCAGACCCGUCUCUCAGACCCGUCUUUCAGACCCGUCUCUCAGACCCGUCACUCCGACCCGUCUCUCAGACCCGUCUUUCAGACCCGUCUCUCAGACCCGUCUCUCAGACCCGUCUCUCAGACCCGUCUCUCAGACCCGUCUCUCAGACCCGUCUCUCAGACCCGUCACUCAGACCCGUCUCUCAGACCCGUCACUCCGACCCGUCACUCCGACCCGUCUCUCAGCACCGUCUCUCAGCACCGUCUCUCAGACCCGUCACUCCGACCCGUCACUCCGACCCGUCACUCCGACCCGUCACUCCGACCCGUCACUCAGCACCGUCUCUCAGACCCGUCUCUCAGACCCGUCUCUCAGACCCGUCUCUCAGACCCGUCUCUCAGACCCGUCACUCAGACCCGUCACUCCGACCCGUCACUCCGACCCGUCACUCCGACCCGUCUCUCAGACCCGUCUUUCAGACCCGUCUCUCAGACCCGUCUCUCAGACCCGUCACUCAGACCCGUCACUCAGACCCGUCACUCCGACCCGUCUCUCAGACCCGUCACUCCGACCCGUCACUCAGACCCGUCACUCAGACCCGUCUCUCAGACCCGUCACUCCGACCCGUCACUCAGACCCGUCACUCCGACCCGUCUCUCAGACCCGUCACUCCGACCCGUCACUCCGACCCGUCACUCCGACCCGUCUUUCAGACCCGUCACUCAGCACCGUCUCUCAGACCCGUCUCUCAGACCCGUCUCUCAGACCCGUCUCUCAGACCCGUCUCUCAGACCCGUCUCUCAGACCCGUCUCUCAGACCCGUCUCUCAGACCCGUCUCUCAGACCCGUCACUCAGACCCGUCACUCCGACCCGUCACUCCGACCCGUCACUCCGACCCGUCACUCAGACCCGUCUUUCAGACCCGUCUCUCAGACCCGUCUCUCAGACCCGUCACUCCGACCCGUCUCUCAGACCCGUCUCUCAGACCCGUCUUUCAGACCCGUCUCUCAGACCCGUCACUCCGACCCGUCACUCAGACCCGUCUCUCAGACCCGUCACUCCGACCCGUCACUCAGACCCCGGAGUAAUGAUGCGGCAGGAUGGUCCAGGCUCCUCUCGGUAUCGCCAUGGUUACGGCUUCUUUGGGAAGAUUUGGUCGGACAAGGCAGAGACGGUGAACUUUAGCCCCGGGAAAAGACAAAACAAGCUGAGGAUACAGUAG